GAGAAAGCACACCUCCAGUUUGGAUCCUUGACGUUCGACCUCUUGUCGCCAACCUUUUUCACCCAACUUCGUUUCGUGAUCAUCAGCCAUCAUGUCUAAGAGAGGUCGUGGCGGUGCCGCCGGCAACAAGCUCAAGAUGACUCUCGGUCUGCCUGUUGGCGCCGUGAUGAACUGCUGCGACAACUCCGGUGCUCGCAACCUGUACAUCAUCUCCGUCAAGGGUAUCGGUGCCCGCCUGAACCGUCUUCCCGCUGCUGGUGUCGGAGACAUGGUCAUGGCCACCGUCAAGAAGGGAAAGCCCGAGCUCCGCAAGAAGGUCAUGCCCGCUGUGGUUGUCCGUCAGAGCAAGCCUUGGCGCCGCCCCGAUGGUAUCUUCCUGUACUUCGAGGACAACGCAGGAGUUAUCGUCAACGCCAAGGGUGAGAUGAAGGGUUCCGCCAUCACCGGUCCCGUCGGAAAGGAAGCUGCUGAGCUCUGGCCCCGUAUUGCCUCCAACUCCGGUGUCGUCAUGUAAAGAGAGAAAACCCGAAUUUUAAAGAAAAAGAACGAUACCAAACCUCAAAUCUGCUUGGGACCUGGAAUGCGGUGCAUAUGAGACCAUAGGAUUAAAAUGGGAGCUGGACAGGUGGUGUCCAUUUGACGAAAUCCAACUGUUUAUUUUAAAGCCGGUUUUAUCCUCCAUCUAGGUGUUUUCUCCUCCCCUCCCUUUACUGGCAG